AUGUCAUUGCCGCGCGGUCUGCCAGUGGCGCUGCUUGACAAGCUAUACGCCUACCUCGAGCCAGACGACCUUUUCGCCCUGUGUCAGAGCUUCGGAAAGUUGGAUGCCGAGGCUUUGGAACACAUCGGCAGCCGCUACUUCGGCGAGCUCGAGCUUCUUGUGACGAGCGACGGUUUAUCGGCCUUGGAGUCGGUGGCGGCCCACCCUGUCCUCUGCAAUUUCGUGCGCGAGGUGUGGAUCACGGCGGCUAUGUUUGAAAAGCUUGCAAGCCACAACGUUGAUCCCACGGUGACCGAGGAUCUGCGGCGCAAGGAGCUCGGGUCUACCGAUAAGGGUAUACCCCAGGUUACCCUGGAAGCGCGGCGACGAUACGGCCAAUACCUUGCUGCGAUGAUGGACCACCGAAAUCUCAUUGAAACGCCGGCACUGAGACGACUUAGCGGCGAGGAAUGGGCAUCCAUCCACAACAGCGCGGGCCUGGCCAGCUUGACCGAGUUGCACCUCUGGAUCCGGACGCCGAAACCGUACCUGGCAGAGGCCGACACCAUAUACGACCACGUGGUCCGGAUCGUCAUCUCGGCAGCGCCGAAUCUCGAGGUGCUCGUGUUUUCGCAGUCGCCGCACUUCGACGCGGUGGAAGAAGCGGAGUGGGCGAGGAUGCGGCGGCAUGAGUCUUUUAAGGUGUCCGGUAUUGUUCAAGACCCCGAGAAGGAAAGGAGGGAGAGGGAGUCGCUUGACAUGUGGAGGGACAUGCUUUGCUUUAUCCGGGACAACCUGAAAGGCUUGACCUACCUGGAGCUGCGGCUGCUUCAAACGGAGUAUACCGACCGCAUUGGCAAGGGGUUCCUCCACUUCGUCGACACAUACAAUGGCCCGGACGGGGAGGAUAAACUUUCUGCACGCGCGGACACAACUCAAGUCUUCGUCGCAGCAUCCACCCGGAUCCCCGUCAGCGACUGGAUCGACCGGCUCGACCUCGUGAGCUUUGACGGAAAGGAGUGA